CUGACCCUGUGUGCCGAGCUCACUGCUCACAGCGGCCGCCGCCUGGACGCGUUACGGUAAUUGGCUGUCAGUGCCGGGGUGUUUUGUCCCUGUCGGCUCUCGGUGGUGAGAUGGGAGAAGGCAUGUCUAAAAGACUGAGGCUGCAGUUUGGAGGGGAGGCAGAGAUGGAAGAGCGGUCGUUCAAUAACCCCUACCCGGAUUACCGGCCCCCACAGCCCUGUACUGGAGAACAAGAGGAGGAAGGAGAGGAAGAAGGGGAAGCCGCAGGGGAGCUGAGCGAGCUGGAUCUGCCAUUUGACAGAGAUGGGAAGAUCACUGGCAGAUUUUCUAGAAAAAUCCAGAGCAAAAUUAGCGAUCUGCUUCAGCAGAUGGAAGAAGGUUUGAAGACUGCUGACCCACAUGACUGCUCUACUUAUACAGGAUAUACAGGCAUUGCCUUGCUGUACCUGCAGAUGUAUCGUGUCACUAAGGAGCAAGCUCACCUGCAGCGAUCCCUUGACUAUGUUAAGAGAAUUCUUCGGAACCUGAAUGGAAGGAGAGUUAGCUUUCUUUGUGGUGACGCUGGGCCCCUGGCUGUAAGUGCUGUGGUGCAUCACAAACUGCAAAACGAGGCAGAAUCAAAGGAUUGUGUCACAAAGCUGUUGCAGCUGCAGAAGGGAGUGGCUAGUGCAGAUACAGAGCUCCCAGAUGAGUUGCUGUAUGGUAGAGCUGGGUACCUCUACGCCCUUUUAUAUCUCAACACAGAGAUUGGCCCAGACACUGUACCCCAGGAAGCUAUCAAAGAGAUCGUAGAUGCCAUUAUAGAAUCUGGGAAAAACCUUUCAAAAGAAGAGCACAAGUCUGAACGCUGCCCUCUACUCUAUCAGUGGCACAAGAAGCAGUAUGUGGGAGCAGCUCAUGGAUUGGCUGGAAUAUACUAUAUGCUCAUGCAGCCUUUGUCGAAGGUAGAUCAGGAAACAUUGAAUGAGCUAGUGAAACCAAGCAUUGAUUAUGUACGUCAUAAGAAAUUCAGGUCUGGCAAUUACCCAUCAUCAUUAAGUAAUGAAACAGAUCGGUUGGUACACUGGUGCCAUGGGGCACCUGGAGUAAUACAUAUGCUUUUAAAGGGUUACAAGAUUUUCAAAGAGGAGAAGUAUUUAAAAGAUGCAGUGGAAUGUAGUGAUGUCAUCUGGCAGAGGGGACUUCUAAGGAAGGGUUAUGGGGUCUGUCAUGGGACUGCUGGCAAUGGAUACUCCUUCCUUACUCUCUAUCACCACACUCAGGACAAAAAAUUUCUUUACAGAGCCUGCAAGUUUGCUGAAUGGUGUUUAGAUUAUGGAAAACAUGGCUGUCGUAUUCCGGACAGACCAUACUCGCUCUUUGAAGGAAUGGCUGGCACAAUUCACUUCCUGUCAGACAUGUUGACACCGGAGACUUCACGAUUCCCUGCCUUUGAACUUUGAUAAUUUGUCAAAAAGAACUAAAGAGGAAUUUCUGUACGAACAGUUGAGAUUAAAGGGACAUGGAAGCUUCACUUACAUUUUUUUCCUAGUUACAUUUAUUUAAUUCAGUUUGGGAAAGGACAGAGCUUUUGCUUAGAAAUAAUAGGAGAUAACAUUGUAAAUUCAGAUGAAAGAUUUCCCUUCUAGUCAGUUUUUCUUUGGGGAUUGUGUUAAAAGCAUAGGAUUCAGUUUAGGUGUUAGAAGGUUUGGGGAUUCAGAGAAGGCGCUUCAGACCAACUAGGCCAGGGGUUGCUGACCCCUGAACUAGGCAAUAGUUGUUUCACAUUUACAUGGACAUCUCUAGGCUACAACUCUCAGCCAUCUCUACUUUUUACACCAUUGUAAAAAUAAAUCCAUAUCACAUAUAUAUUCACCACAUUACUUCACAUAUGGAUCACUACAACCGGUGCUUAGAAAUGAGCAUCACAGACAUAAAGAUAUUCAAGUUUGGCCACACAACAUUUUAACUGAAAAAAAGUCUGAUUUAUGAUUAAAAGGAAAUGAAACCUAUUCAUAAUUACAAGACUUCGUCUUGUAAUAAAUUCACAUAGUAGACGAGAGUGUAUGUUGCAGCAAUUGUUUUUCUAUGGUCAGACUUCCUCCAGCACUUCCCUUCUUUGCAGGAGCCAAUCUAGACUUAUUACUUGCAAUGUUCUAGACUUAUUACUUGCAACGUUCUAGACUUAUUACUUGCAACGUUCUAGACUUAUUACUUGCAACGUUCUAGACUUAUUACUUGCAAUGUUCUAGACUUAUUACUUGCAAUGUUCUAGACUUAUUACUUGCGAUGGUCUAGACUUAUUACUUGUAACGUUCUAGACUUAUUACUUGCAACGUUCUAGACUUAUUACUUGCAACGUUCUAAACUUAUUACUUGCAACGUUCUAGACUUAUUACUGGCAAUGUUCUAGACUUAUUACUUGCAAUGUUCUAGACUUAUUACUUGCAACGUUCUAGACUUAUUACUUGCAAUGUUCUAGACGUAUUACUUGCAACGUUCUAGACUUAUUUCUUGCAAUGUUCUAGACUUAUUACUUGCGAUGGUCUAGACUUAUUACUUGUGACGUUCUAGACUCAUUACUUGCAACGUUCUAGACUUAUUACUUGCAACGUUCUAGACUUAUUACUGGCAAUGUUCUAGACUUAUUACUUGCAACGUUAUAGAUUUAUUACUUGCAAUGUUUUGCUGUAUUUUAUAACUUUUGCUGAGGUCAGGUAUGGGGAGAUGUAGUGUAGCCGGCUAAGGCUUGUAAAGUCUGCAGUGUGCAUUUCCGAUUCUAAGAAUUGGAAAGCCCAUAGUUUUCAGACUUCAAGUACAGGAAAAGAAGGCAAAAUAAAUAAUAAUGCAAUUUUGUUUUAUUAAAUGUAAUUAAAGAUUUUAUAUUAGUCAUAAAGUGUAUCUAAGGACCAUAGUACAUUUAAUCUAAAGAGUAUGCUGAAUUCAUUAUGAAACACUAAAUACAUUUUAUCAGCAUAAUAUUGAGGUUAUGCUCCACCUUCUUGUAGUCAUGGGCGCUGCUAUGUUAAAAUCUAAUUUUUAUUCCACUGCAGCACCGUUAAGUGUUUGCACAUGUGCAGCAACUCUCCUUCAGAUACCUGCAGUGUAACCUAGGUUCCAAAAUGUCAGCACCCAUAGUUAGAGAGAGGUGCAUGAAAUGUAUUUAGUGUUUAAUGUCCCUUUAAUAUACGUGGGCGGUGUGCUGUAACCACUGAUAGUUUUCUUUAGCACGCUGUAAAACAGAUUUACUGAAAAAGAGCCAGCAUCUUAGAAAUGAAUUAAAAUGAUGAUAAAGUUAGUGUUCCUUAACAAUAUACUGUAUAUGUAAUCAGUGUGCAUAAUUAUGUAUAUGUGUAUCUUUCCAUUAAAAUUUGUUCAGACCUGAAAUGGUGCAAUCUGUUUUGAUGUUAGGAUUCCUUACCUUCAUCACUGCCUGCACACUUGGAAAUACACUUUUUUUUGUUUUUGUAGUAGUGACAUUUUCAUCGCUAAUCCAACUUUCUUGCAAGCCAUACAGCUAGCAUAAAGCCAUGCCUUUUGUGACAUUGUGACUAGUCAUAUGGAUUAAAAGAGCAUUGGAAGGGAUUUAAAGGGACAGUUUACUCAAGAAUUUGUAUUGUUUAAAAAGAUAGAUAAUACCUUUAUUACCCAUUCCCCAGUUUUUCAUAACCAACACGGUUAUAUUAAUACUCUUUUUACCUCUGUGAUUACCUUUUAUCUAAGCCUCUGCCCCUUUAUUUCAGUUCUUUUGACAGAAUUGCAUUUGAGCCAAUCAGUGCCCUCUCAUAAGUAACUCCAUGGGCGUGAGCACAAUGUUAUCUAUAUGGCACUCAUGAACUAAUGCCCUCUAGCUGUGAAAAACUUUUAAAUGCAUUCAAAUAAGAUGUGGCCUUCAAGGGCUUAGAAAUAAGCAAAUGAGCCUACCUAGAUUUAGAUUUCAACUAAGAAUACCAAGAGAACAAAGCAAAUUUGAUGAUUAAAGUAAAAUGGAAAGUUAUUUAAAAUUGCAUGCCCUAUCUGAAUCAUGAAAGUUUAAUUUUGAGUAGGCUGUCCCUUAAACCAUUUCAAGUCUGAAUAAAUUUUAAUUGAAAGGUACACAUAUACAUAUUUAUGCACACUAAUUACAUAUAUAUCGUAAGGAACACUAGCUUUACCAUUACUUUAAGUAAAAAGCAAGAUGCUUUUAGUUUUGAGAUUUUUAACAGAAAUGUAAUUAAGCAAUUUCAGAUUAAUUUUCCAUGUCCCUUUAAGAUACAUUGUUCUGUGCCUCCAACACACCACUGUCAGUUCUAAAGCAUCACCACUUACAAGAUAAUUGUAUAAUGUGAGUUGCAGUAGGUGUCACUGCAGAAGUAACUUGAACAUUAAGCCCAUGAUGCCUAUGUUUUUUUUUUCUCUUUGUAGAUUAUUGGAAGUUCAUGUUUAUUACUGCCUUAGGUAGAUAAUAUUUGCACUCUGAUUAUUCUGUUACUUUCAAAAAUACUGCAAGUUUGUGUGGUUUCUUUUGUUUGUUUCUUUAAAAUGACAUGGUACCCAAAUGUUGAAGCACUUUAAAGUGAUGCAGCAAAACUGUAAAAAAACUGACUAGAAAAUAUCACGGAAACAUCUCUAUGUAAAAAAAGGAAGGUAUUUAUCUCAACAUUUGUAAAGUGACUUCAAGCAGCCAAUCAGGAUACUAGUCCCAGGACUUGCAUGGGGGUGUGCAUUUGGCAUGUGCAGGCACAUUAUGUCAUGCGCAUGUUAUUUCCCUAUUCAGUUUAAGGAAGUAUACUAUGAAAUCUCACAAGUUUUCAGAGAAAUCUCAUAAGAUCAGAGCAAAGCAUAGCUUGACCUCAGCACUGCUGAUGCUGAUUGGCUAUUGUUUUUUUGUUUUGUUUUGUUUUUUUCAACUUGCAGCUGGACAGUAGCUGAAGUAUAACUGUCACCAGAGCACUUACUCUUGUAAUCUGUAAUCUUUGUGAGGAAAAAAUAUUCCUUCUUUACAUAGAGAUGCUGAGGUGAUAUUUUUUUGUCAGCUUUUUACAGUUAUGCUGCACCACGUUCAAGUGAUUUAGAAUAUGAGUAUUAUGUCCUUUUUAAAUUGUUGAGCAUAUUGUUUAUUAUAGACACAUAAAACAUAGAGUGCUUUAUAUUUCAAACAUGUAAAAUAGUGUGUAAUGACUAUCACAAGCAUUUUUAAAAUGAGUCUUAACACAUGCAAGGUUUAGUUGUAUUGCAGCACAGCCAAUGAGUCAUUGAUUUCUUUAGUAUUUCAAACGAAUAAUUCAAUUCUGAUCACUUAUACAAUUGCCUAUCCUUCAUUUUGUAAAGUCUGACUUAAAUAUAAGAUUUCCUAACAAAAUUGGUGUGUUUGAAAGUCAAAAUGAAACCGUGUUACAAAUCACUAUUACUUAUUAAAAAGAUUACCCACUAAAUUUUAAAUGGAUAUUCUAUAAAGCCUAAUUCUAUUAAACUAAUUUAAUCAGUUGUUGAAACCUUUAAAAUCCCUGUACUUCUUUCAGAGUUCUACUUCAUAUUGUGCAUUUGUUUAUAUGCUUGCAUGUGUUUAGGAGCUGUGUGUCUGUGUGUAAGAUAUUGUUAUUGUCCUUGAACACGGUUUUUGUUUUUAUUUGAGGUACUAGCAAGUAUACAAAUAAUACAAAGCCUGAUUAUACAAUAUUACUUGACAAUUCAGUAUACUUAAUGAAAUUAAUUUUUUUUCUUAGUUUCAAUAUGCAAUGUACUAUGGAAGCAGUAUCACUGCAUGUAUUUAUAUGGAACAGUGAAAAUGCAAGUUGUCUUUAUAUAUGCAGUAUUUGUCUAUAAUGUAUGACAGGCAUUGCCUUGUCAUUUGAGUAACUGUUAAAUGUGUGAGUAUUGUGUUGAUGAUUGGUUAAUCGCUGGAUGUGAUUGGUUUUCCAAAUGUGUCUAAAUUACCAAAAGGGGAUGUUUGAUACAAUAAAUUCCAGUACAUCAGACAACAA